AUGAAUUUUCAAAAUUUUAGCAACAAUUUUAGUUCACUAGUUUCUUUAGUACGAAAUAAUGCAUAUCCUAAAUACCCAGAAUAUACAACAUUUUCUUCAAGAUUGAAAACAUUCAACUUAUUCCCGUUAACUUCAUCUCAAGAUAAAUACUCAUUAGCUGAAAGCGGUUUUAAAUAUUCAGGGAAAAAAUAUAUUGUCGAAUGUUUUUGCUGUGGACUCAUCUUACAUAAUUGGGAAAAAGAUGAUAUUCCAUGGAUUGAACACACAAGAUGGAAUCCAAAGUGUAUAUACGUAUUAUUAUCAAAAGGAAAUCAGUUUGUUGAAAAUAUAAUAAAUAAGUACGGAAAGAUUAACGAUGUAUGUCAAUGUGAUUGUGAAUUUAAGACAAAUGAUACCGUAAUUUAA